AUGGCGACGGCAAACCACUCUGGUAACUCAGCCACCCCGGCGCCGUUGGCCUCGAACCCUACCACCAACGGGGCCAUCCCCUCGGAUCACUAUCAUCACCACGACCACCGGCCUGCGCCGACGCCUGCAUCCGCCGCAAUUGCCAAUAAAAAGGCAAAGAGCAAGAAGGCCAUGGAUUCUUCCGAAGCCUCCAAGCUGGUAGCAGCCCGGAUCUCCCAGCUAGAGGUUGAUAAUGCGGCCGAGAAAGAGCAGCAAGAAGAGAUUGAUCGCGAGGUCAAGAAGCAUAGUCGCGAGCUCCUAUCUUCUACGAAUAAGAUGAAUGACUUGGACAAGAUUGAUCACUUGACUAAAAAGUGUAAUGAGUUAUUCACUAGUAUGAAGCGCUUAGAGCGGGAAAGCGCCAAGAACAAGAAGCGAGCCGACCAAGUCCAGAAGGAAAAGGACGCCAGCCGGAAUGAGGCCAGCAAGCAAACCGGCCUGAAGGAGAAGCUGGAGAAAUUAUGUCGCGAACUGCAAAAAGACAACAACAAGCUCAAAAACGACCACCGCUCACUACAAGAUCAACACGCCAAACUAAAGAGGGAUGGUGAUCGACGGGUAGAAGAGAUUUUCAAAACCUUGGAAGGGUACCAGGAGGAGAAGGACAAUCCGCGAAAGCCCGUCUUGAAUGGUAAAAUAGAAGACCUGUACGUGCAGAGGCAGCCGCGUCAUGUGGGAACCGCACAGGUUAUUGACACUGAAGUUAGGAUCAAGGCGCGCUUCAAGUCCCUCAUCGACCAGUACGAACUGCGCGAACUUCAUUUCCAUUCGCACAUGCGAACCAAAGAAAUCGAGGUGCAAUAUUACAUGGCGCGAUAUGAUCAGCAGAAAAAGGCGGCCGAAACCGAAGCAAGAAAGUCUAGCCAGCUUAAUUCGCAGGUCAACACGUUCCACAAGACGGAAAUGGAGCUGCGGAAUCAGCUCAAUGUCUAUGUGGAAAAGUUUCGCCAGGUAAGCCUCCGAAACACACCUCGCGCCAAAGGGCUAGGGUUGACUUGUGCUUCCCUCCGGAAGGUUGAGGACACGCUUAAUAACAGCAACGACCUGUUUCUAACGUUUCGCAAGGAGAUGGAGGAUAUGAGCAAGAAGACAAAGACGUUGGAGAAGGAGAACGAGAGGCUCAAGAAGAAGAAGGAAGUUCUGGAAUCGAAUAUUGCCAAACUGGUCCACGAUUGCGACCAAAGGCAGAAGGAGAUUGACGACCUCCACAAGCUCAAUGGCAAGCUCAAGAACAUCAUAAAACAGAUGCAGGAGCAAGGGCGCGGAAUCCCUCAUGGCAUGCGAGGCGAAGCUGACAUGGGCGAAGAGGGCGAUCUCGAGGAAGAGAGCGAUUAUGAGGACGAUGAAUAUGGCGAGGGCGAGGAGGAAGGUAGCGAGGGUGAGGGCGCUUACGACGAUGAUACCGAGGAGGAGAUUCACGAACCUCCAGCUCCGCGAUCGACUCCCUUUGGACCACAACCACCUCCUGUCCGCAUGGCCCAGAAACCCAUCACGGCCGUUCCCACCAAUGGUCACGUUUGA